AUGCUGGUUCCAGUUCAACCGGACCAUCCUGGGCUCAUGAUCAAAGACCCGGGGUCGUGCUCCGCUAGGCGAGGUCCUCCCGAUUCUUUAGUUGAAGCAUCAACUGUAGAAGCUUUCAUCCGCAAACUGAAUGAGGCCGUGGGUGAUAACAACUCAAAAGAACAUCCCCACCAGCACGCCGACUGUGAGCCAAGAGACGAACCACAUCACAUCCAACUCCGGUUUGCCUACAGUGGGCAGGGAAAGCCUGCCGCUUCCCCCAUACGAAUACGCGUCGCAACUAGUGGCCAGAGCAGAACAAGAGUUCGGCGACUGCCAUACUUUCCUUCGCAAGUCAUUCUUAAGGCGUUUCCAUGCCACAUACAAUGGCCAUCAGUCUGA